GGAGAAACGAAAUGAUCUGCCCUAGAGCCGUUGCAAAAUGCUGGAUGGACACCUACUCCUGGGAUGGUUAUCAUUCACAGUUAUAGUGUACCUUUUCAGCUUGCCUGGACCGACUACAGCUUAUUUCGGGCUGACAGGUAAUGAACCCCUGUCCAUCCUGCCGCUGAGCUCGCAGCCGGAGGAGAGGGUGGCCAAGGCCCACUACAAGCUGUGCGACCGGCUCAAGCUGGAGAAGAAGCAGCGGCGCAUGUGCCGCCGCGACCCGGGCGUGGCCGAGACGCUGAUGGAGGCCAUCACCCUGAGCGCCCUGGAGUGCCAGUACCAGUUCCGCUACGAGCGCUGGAACUGCACCCUCGAGGGGCGCUAUCGAGCCAACAUUCUCAAGAGAGGGUUUAAGGAGACGGCCUUCCUGUACGCCAUCUCCUCCGCUGGCUUGACCCAUGCCAUGGCCAAGGCCUGCAGUGCGGGCCGCAUGGAGCGCUGUACCUGCGACGAGGCCCCGGACCUAGAGAACCGCAAGGCCUGGCAGUGGGGCGGCUGCGGAGACAACCUCAAGUACAGCAACAAGUUUGUCAAGGACUUCCUGGGCAAGAGGUCCAACAAAGAUCUCCGUGCCCGGGUGGACAUGCACAACACCAAUGUUGGCAUGAAGGUGAUCAAAGCCGGGGUGGAGACGACCUGCAAGUGCCACGGCGUGUCCGGCUCCUGCACCGUCCAGACGUGCUGGCGGCAGCUCUCGCCGUUCCAUGAGAUCGGCAAGCAGCUCAAGCAGCGCUACGAGACCUCGCUCAAGGUGGGCAGCUACACCAACACGGCCACCGGCGAGGGAGACAUCUCUCAGAGCCGCGCCCAGCAACAGCAGCAGCAACAACAACAACAACAACAACAACAACAACAACAGCAACAACAACAACAACAACAACAACAACAACAACAACAACAACAACAGCAGCAGCAGCAGCAGGCGCCGGCCGUGCUGGGCCCGCGGGACCAGAUCCCGCGCACCAUGGACCUGGUGCACAUCGAGGACUCGCCCAGCUUCUGCCGGGCCAGCAAGUACUCGGCGGGCACGUCGGCCCGCAAGUGCUACAAGGACAAGAACUGCGACGCCAUCUGCUGCGGCCGCGGCCACAACACCCAGAGCCGCGUGGUGACGCGCCCGUGCCAGUGUCAGGUGCGCUGGUGCUGCUACGUGGAAUGCAAGCAAUGCACGCAGAGGGAGGAGGUGUACACCUGCAAGGGUUAGAGGGAGGAGGUGUACACCUGCCAGGGUUAGAGGGUGGGGACC